AUGGACAAGCAAUUUGGAAAAUUUUUGGAAGUCCUGAAGACACUUUACAUCAACAUUCCAUUUACUGAGGCUCUCUCCCAAAUGCCUUCAUAUGCUAAAUUUUUCAAGGAGAUUCUAUCAAAUAAGAGGAAGCUUGAAGAAUAUGAGACUAUAGCUCUCACUGAGGAAUGUAGUGCAAUUAUGCAAAAUAAGCUUCCUCCUAAGCUGAAGGAUCUAGCUCUCGGUGAUCUUGGUGCCAGUGUUAGUCUCAUGCCACUUUCUAUUUGUGAGAAACUGAAAAUGGGAGAGUUGAAGCCAACCACAAUCUCUUUGCAACUAGCGGAUAGGUCUAUUAAGUAUCCAAUUGGUAUAUUGGAAAAUGUUCCACUGAAGGUUGGCAAGUUUUAUGUUCCUAUAGAUUUUGUGGUUCUAGAGGCGGAGGAUGUCCAGAUUUCCAUAAUCUUGAGAAGACCAUUCUUAGUUGCGGUGGGGGUGAUAAUUGAUGUGAAGAAUGGGAGAUUGAUUUUGAAAGUGGGGGAUGAAGAAGUGGAGUUUAACUUAUUUCAAGUAAUGAAAAGGCCGAAUGAAGUGGAUGUUUGCUUAAGAGUGGACAUCAUUGAUGAGCUGGUAAAAGAGGAGUUCAUAAAUGCCACAAUUGAGGAUGAAAAUAUGGAAGUAGUAGCAUAUGCGCAGCUUCUGAAGGAGGUGCUCAUAUCAGCAUCCAUAAUGCAGCCACUGGACUGGACAUUGCCAUUUGAGAUCAUGUGUGAUGCGAGUGACUUUGUUGUGGGAGCUGUACUAGGCCAAAGGAAGGAGAAGAAAGUUUAUGCAAUUUAUUAUGCCAGUAGAAUCUUGGAUGACAUCCAAGUUAAUUAUGCAACUACUGAGAAGGAGUUUUUGGCUGUGGUGUUUGCUGUGGACAAGUUCAGAUCAUAUUUGGGAACAGAAAAUAUGGUAGCUGAUCACCUCUCCUGGCUUAGACAGGAACAUAGAGAUGACUUGGAUGGUGAAUUACCAAUUGAUGAUUUCUUCCUUAAUGAGCAGCUCCUGUCUAUUGCCAGCCGUGCACUACCAUGUACCUCAAAGACUAUAGCAAAAGUGCUUCAAUCAGAUUUUUUCUGGCCAAACUUAUUUAAAGAUGCGAGGAAUUUUGUUCUAGCUUGUGAUAGAUGCCAAAGGACCAGCAAUAUUUCUAAGAGAGAUGAGAUACCCUUGCAUGGUAUUCUUGAGGUUGAAUUAUUUGAUGUGUGGGGCAUUGACUUUAUGGGUCCGUUUCCAUCCUCCUAUGGAAACAAGUAUAUCCUGGUUGGAGUGGAUUAUGUGUCAAAGUGGGUAGAAGCAAUGGCCUCCCUAACCAAUGAUGCUAGUGUAGUGGUGAAACUCCUCAAGAAAUUCAUUUUCACAAGGUUUGGCAGGCCUAGAGCUAUUAUCAGUGAUGGUGGUACUCACUUCUGUAACCACCAAUUUGAGAGGCUCUUGCAAAAGUAUGGGGUGAAGCACAAAAUUGCAAUCCCUUACCAUCCCCAAACUAGUAGGCAGGUGGAAAUAUCUAAUAGGGAGUUGAAGAGUAUUUUGGAGAAGAUGGUGAAUAGCUCAAGAAAGGACUGGUCCUUGAAUCUUGAUGACACCCUAUGGGCGUAUCGCACUGCCUACAAAAACCCCAUAGGUACUACACUAUUCAGAUUAGUUUAUGGGAAAUCAUGCCAUUUGCAUGUAGAAUUGGAGCAUAAGGCAUAUUAG